CUCGCUCCCGAUUACUACCCAUUCAACUCCCUAGUCGUUGAUUUCACCCGGCAACUAGCGGGAAUAGAACCGGGAAUAGGCGUCCCUCACCAAACUUAUGCCGGUCUGAUAGGUGGGGAACUGCCUAUACGCUGCUAACAUCCUGUAUCUUAGGUAGUUGGUUCUAUGGAUUGGGAUUGCCUACCUAGGGUGCUAUUAGGUAUGUAGUAGCACCCGAGUUUCGGAUGGGAGAGUCGGUACCUAUUGUCGCUUCUCGGGUUCCCUUUAAUAAACCCUAUAUCGGCGGACCAUAUUUACGUUUGGCCAUUGCUUCGUUACGAUGUCAUUUAAACGGUGUAGAAGCAACGGUGCUGCAUGUAGAACUCUUAACUAUACCUGGGUAUUUAUUUCUUUAUAGCUUGCCGGCAGUCGCCUAAGCCAAGCCUUUUUAUACUACCCAUUCCCUUUACUCAUACUACCGAAGGUAUGGAACCAAUCAACGACGAGGAUGGGAUUGAGCGUGCUAUAGACGAUAGACCGAACGGUCGUCCAUCUCUUGGCAGCGAUGAGGUACUCGAGAAGUAUCGAGCGGCACAAUCUAGCACAUUAAUAGGAGUGCAGGCGCCAAAUUCUAUGGCAAAAAUGGAAAUUUUGGGGAGAGCUACUCAUGAGAAUGGCGCCGGUGAAAUAUCACGACCCGAUGCGGAUACUCCUAUCACUUAUCUUUACUUAACUUUCGACACGCCAGUGGUACAUAGUGUCGCGGGGGAUCAGCGACCAAUCCACGACGGUCUUCCUCCAUGUCCCGACAUAUCGCAGUACACAGACCCACAGACCUGGCCUAAAUUACGGAAAGGGAUCAUGGUGGGGAUAUCUUGCAUGGCUACCUGCUUCACGGCGUAUGCGGCGGGUGCGUAUUCCGUGUCAGCAGACUUGAUCGCCGCGGAUCUAAAGACAUCGCGCCAGGGCGCGUUGGCGGGAGUUACGACGUUCUGCACCGGCUUCGCAAUCGCCCCGAUGAUUCUCGCCCCCUUUUCUGAGAUUAACGGACGGUACCCUAUCUUCGCCAUCGCCGGUGCCGUUUUCGUCUGCUUUCAAGCAGUCUGCGGCGUGGUAACAAACUUGUCAGGUAUGCUGAUCGCCCGGUUCUUCAAGGGUGUCGGUGGAAGCGUAUUUAGCACAAUGGUGGGCGGAGUUAUUGCUGAUAUGUACGAGAAGGAGGAUCGCAACACGCCGAUGGCGCUUUUUAGUGGUGCUGUUCUCAUCGGCACAGGUCUCGGUCCUCUUGUUUCUGCCGUCAUGGUGCAGCAGUGGGGAAGUGAGGGAGAUAAAUGGAAAUGGGUAUUCUGGCACCAAGUGAUUAUAGACUUUGUCCUGAUGAUUGCUGUCGUAAGCUUGUUCAAAGAGAGCCGGGGCUCAGUACUCUUAUCCAGGAAGGCGAAGUGUUUGAACGCGUGGUAUGAAAAGUUAGAGGAGAAGGGUGUCUUCGGUGUCUUCACUGCUGGAUCAACCGUGGAUUCUGGUGUUUUGUCGACGCCGAACGAAGAGAAGUCGAUUGCGGGACCGCAUUCAUCAAUAGCUGCACCAGAAUAUUAUUCUAGGUCAAGAGGCCAUCUACAGUUACGGCGGAUCCGAUGGAUAGUCAAAGAGGAUGAGCAGCGAGCGUCAAUCACUACGAUGGUGAAGGUAUCGCUGUUUAGGCCAUUCGCUCUUUUAUUUACCGAGCCUAUAGUCUUCUUCUUCUCGCUUUGGGUAUCUUUCGCAUGGGCCAUACUCUACCUGACCUUUGGGUCUAUACCGCUUGUGUUCCAGCGACAGUAUAACUUCAGCAUUGAACAGUCUGGUUAUGUCUUUGCUGCGAUGAUUAUCGGUUCCGUUCUUGCGACGACUAUCGGCAUAUAUCAAGAGAGCAUGCUCAAGCAUCCAAAAUGGCAAUCUAGAUCUGAUAGCUCGGAGGUUGAUAGUUCAGAUACCAGCCUGGAUAUCGCAGCGGCGACCCCAUUCUGGUCUUUUGUAAGGCGGAAAUUUCCAGCCGAGUCACCUGAAUCGCGGUUGUAUUUCACCUGCUUCACUUCGGUAUUGCUCCCAGCGGGCCUCUACUUAUUUGGUUUCGCAGCCCAGCCGUCAACCCAUUGGAUGGUUCCGACCUUUGCGAUAUUACUCGCCUCGAUGGGCAUAUUUUAUAUAUAUCUGGCUACGUUCAAUUACCUCGCGGACACGUACCAAACCUACGCAUCUUCAGCGUUGGCGGCGCAAUCUUUUUGCCGCAACGUGCUCGGUGGAGUAUUCCCUCUCGUGACGGGACCGCUGAUUCAAAACCUGGGAGAAGAUGCGACCGGUGGACUGCUGGGAGGAAUAGCUACCGUGCUGACAAUAGUGCCAUGGGCAUUGGUCCUCUUUGGGGAGAAGAUCCGAAGAAGAAGUUCAUUUGCGGUUGCUCUUGAACGGAAAUAGGGGGAAGACCAAUACAAGGCCACCCUAUAACCUGCUUCGAUGUUGUUUGUAGGCUUUGAAGAGAGCUGAGCAAUCUUUAGGUUAGGUAUCUACCUACCACUACUAAUAUGCUACUAGGUAGCUGAAGAAAGGAACGUGUUUUCAAUAAACUGUAGAAGGGAAAAACCGGAAAACAACUAAUGGAUCAUGAUGUUUGCAAAUAGCAUAACAUGACUAGGUAUAUAGAUGUAGUUAAAUGUUAAAGAAAGAAGAAUAAGAAGAAUUCAAUGUUCAACAUAGAAA